AUGGUAAGCUAUUUGAUUUUCUACUCUUCUGCCCCUCCAUCUUCUAAGAUAGGAGAACUGAAGCCCGGCCAAAAGGAAGAUCUGGAAUUACCAUUAUUUGACUUGGCCGCUGUUGUUUGUGCAACCAAAAACUUUUCAAACAACAAUAAACUUGGAGAAGGUGGUUUCGGAUCAAUCUUUAAGCAAACAAGAGGGCAUGAUCAAAUGUCAAAAUCUAUAACAGAAAUGCAAUAUCCAAAGAAUGAAAAGCAGUCCAACCAAGAAGAACCAUCAAUGGAUGAAUAUUGA